GAAGAAGAAGGUGGAGGAAGAAGGAGGAUCUCUAAUGCGAAAAAAGAUAGACGUAAUCGUACGGUACUUGGCCUACGAUAUCAUAAUUUUUGAUUUCGGCUUGAUGCACCGAGUUCUUGGUACGGAGGAAUGUGUUGCCAACUAUUUAGAUGGAGGAUAUAUGCGUUUCGGGUGGUGCAUCGAACAAACUUCGGCUCUGUCGCUUGCUAUUUUCUCUUUGCUUUGUAUGUCGCGUCCACUGUGGUUACUGUGGCCAGGUCUGCUGCUGCAAUCGUCCUACUCAUUGGGCCUGUCGGUGCUGACGAUGGCAACGGCUCCAAAACUUCUAGAAGCUCUAGGUGGCCGAGUAGACUUACAGCUCAGUCUCAUGUUUUCUGCAUACUUAUUCGGAUUUUUCUUCAACUGGAUAUUCACUUUUAUACUCUGGCAUCAUUACUGGCACCUUGAAAGACUAUAUAAUCCUCCACCUGUGAAAAGAAGCAGAUCAUUCAAAGGACCGAAUGUUGUAGAUUUAUAAUG